AUGUCUCUCUGCCUGCAAGUAGCCACUCCUAUCCUUUUCUGGACCUCCCUCACCCCUUUUUCCCAUAGGUGACAGUACCGACGACAAUGCUAUCGAACGGGUGGUGGCCAAGUACCCGGGGAAACCUAGGGCUGGGGACCCGGAGCCCUUCUCAGGGAUCCCAGCUCUGUGCCCUGUACGCCUUCACUUACACUGGGGCAGAUGGCCGGCAGGUGUCUCUGGCUGAAGGGGACAGGUUCCUACUGCUUCAAAAGACCAACUCAGACUGGUGGUUGGUAAGGCGCCUGGGAACACCCUCCACCUCUCGCCCCAUCUUCAUCCCAGCUGCCUCCAUGACAGAGGAAUUCAGCCCUUCUCAGAGCCCAACAACCAUCACCCCCAGCCAAUCCCUCUGGACUCCUGGGCCAAAGUUACUUCCUGGCUCCCUGGAGGAGAUGCACCUGUGUCAGGAAACCCCAGGCAGAGCCCAGGCUACAUCUGAGCAGCCUCCUCCUCUUCCCCCUAAAAUGUGUAGAAGUAUCAGUGUUAGCAACUUGAGGCCAAGCCUCCUGAAGCCCUUCCAGGAAGGACCAAGUAGAAGAUCCCUUUCCCAGGAAGACUUGCUGACAGACGCCGAUGCGAACAUGGCAAGACCCCAGACCUUCAUGUCAGAGCCCCCUGUGUACUGCAACCUGGUGGACCUUCGCCGCUGUCCCCGGUCCCCACCCACAAGCCCUGCAUGUCCCCCGCUGCAGAGGCUGGACGCCUGGGAGCAGCACUUGGACCCCAACUUUGGACGCUGCUUCUACAUAAAUUCGCUGACUGGCUGCAAAUCCUGGAAGCCUCCACGCCACACUCGCACCCGAGAGAUGAACCCUGGCUCCAUGGAGGGGCCACAGACCAUGAAUAAGGACAACGGUGUCUUGCAACCUCAGGCAAAGGACUCAGAAUCUGGCACAGGGACGCCAGGACUUUUCGACUCCCAGGGUUCACCCUCCCUCUGCAGACUCGCCUCCCAGCUCGACCCCUCAGACCAGCCUUCGGCUCUGCAGUCCCCUCGGCCACUGCCGCAGGUCCUGGACGACCCCCAUGAGGUGGAAAGGUCGGGCAUGCUCAACAUGACGAAGAUCGCCCAGGGCGGCCGCAAGCUCCGGAAGAACUGGGGCCCAUCUUGGGUAGUACUAGCGGGUAACAGCCUGGUGUUCUACCGAGAGGCACCGCCGACCGCCCCCUGCACCGUCUGGGGACCGGCGGGUAGCCGACCCGAAAGCAGCGUCGACCUGCGCGGGGCCGCCCUGGCCCAUGGCCGCCAGCUGUCCAGCCGCCGCAACGUCCUACACGUGAGCGCUCUCCCGCUCAUCCCCGAAGCCCCGCCCGGCCCGAGGAUCCGCACGGUCCCUGGCCACGAGUUCCUGCUGCAGUCAGACCACGAGGCCGAGCUACGCGCUUGGCACUGUGCACUGCGGGCGGUCAUCGAGCGCCUGGAUCGAGAGAACCCCCUGGAGCUGCGUCUGUCCGGUUCGGGACCUGCGGAGCUGGGUGAACUGAGCGCGGGGGAGGACGAAGAAGUGGAGUCCGAGCCGGUGUCCAAGCCACUGCUGCGGAUCAGCAGCCGUCGGAGCUCCAGUCGGUGUCCGGAAGGAGCUGAGCAGAACCGGGUACGAAACAAACUAAAGCGGCUUAUCGCAAAGAGACCGCCCUUGCAAACCCUGCAGGAGCGGGGUCUGCUCCGAGACCAGGUGUUUGGCUGCCAGUUGGAAUCACUGUGCCAGCGGGAAGGGGACACUGUGCCCAGCUUUGUGCGGCUCUGCGUUGCUGCUGUGGAUAAGAGAGGUCUAAAUGUGGAUGGCAUUUACCGGGUGAGCGGGAACUUGGCAGUGGUCCAGAAACUUCGCUUCUUGGUGGACAGAGAGCGGGCAAUCACCUCCGAUGGGAGAUACAUGUUCCCAGAACAGCCAGGACAAGAAGGCCGAUUAGAUUUGGACAGUGCUGAGUGGGAUGACAUUCAUGUGAUCACUGGAGCCCUGAAGCUUUUUCUCAGGGAGCUGCCCCAGCCUCUGGUGCCCCCACUGCUGCUGCCCCAUUUUCGUGCUGCCCUUGCACUCUCUGAAUCAGAACAGCGCCUCUCUCAAAUACAAGAAUUAAUAAGCUCAAUGCCGAAGCCCAACCAUGACACUCUACAGUACCUCCUGGAGCAUUUAUGCAGGGUGAUAGCACACUCAGACAAGAACCGCAUGACCUCCCACAACCUGGGAAUUGUGUUUGGACCAACCCUAUUUCGACCGGAGCAGGAGACAUCUGACCCAGCGGCCCAUGCCCUCUACCCUGGGCAGCUCGUCCAGCUGAUGCUCACCGACUACACCAGCCUCUUCCGCUGACUGGGGCAAGGUAGAAGAGAAAAUGUGUCUCCGGUGAUUUCUGUUGGAUAGCCUUUGGUGGGGGUUGUUCUGCUUUGAGGAUAUCCCUUUAAAUCCUGUGUCUACCAGA